AUGCCAUUAAGCGGUGCCUCCCGGAAUCCCUGCUCGGCACCAGCAGUGCCUGGCAGAGCGGUGCCUCCCGGAAUCCCUGCUCGGCACCAGCAGUGCCCUGGCAGAGCGGUGCCUCCCGGAAUCCCUGCUCGGCACCAGCAGUGCCUCCCCAUGACUUUUCCCGUGCGGACAGUGUCCGGAUACAGCGAUACCUCCCGGGAUCCCUUCCCGGUGCGCUGCCUCCGGGGCGGUGCGCGGCUCCCGCUUCCCCUCCUCGCACCGCCUCUGCCGCUGCCUCAUUUCCUGCAGCGCAGGCGGAGGAGGAAGCUCAGUGCCCGCUUUCCUGGCCGGUUCUGCCCGCUCCCUUCCUGCCCGGCUCCGUCGAGCCGCGUUCUGCCCAUCGAGAUGCCGGCUUACCACUCCACUUUAAUGGACUCAGACACCAAGCUAGUUGGGAACAUGGCACUGUUACCCAUCAGAAGCCAGUUCAAGGGCCCAGCACCUCGAGAAACUAAGGACACAGAUAUUAUAGAUGAAGCCAUCUACUACUUCAAAGCUAAUGUUUUCUUCAAAAAUUAUGAAAUUAAGAACGAGGCUGACAGAACACUGAUCUAUGUAACCCUCUACAUUUCUGAAUGCCUGAAAAAGCUGCAGAAGUGUAACUCCAAAGGCCAAGGAGAGAAGGAAAUGUACACGCUAGGAAUCACUAACUUCCCAAUCCCAGGGGAGCCUGGCUUUCCACUCAACGCCAUUUACGCCAAACCUGCCAACAAGCAGGAGGAAGAGGUGAUGAGGGCCUACCUGCAGCAGCUGAGGCAAGAAACCGGCCUUCGCCUUUGUGACAAAGUAUUUGAUCCUCAGAGUGACAAGCCAAGCAAGUGGUGGAUCUGCUUUGUGAAGAGGCAGUUCAUGAACAAGAGUCUCUCAGGCCCUGGGCAGUGAAGCAAAGGGGUGACAACUUUAAACAUUUCCACAGCAAGAUGUUCAAGUCUUUUGCCUUUGUUUUGGAUACAUUUUGUACCAAGAAGAAUUAAGUGCUUAUGAAGUAAAAAAAGAAAAAAAAAAAAACCCCAAACCUGUCAAUGAGUGAUAAGAGGGAGGGAGAGCAAAAAGAUAA